AUGGCACUGAAAGCAAAGGAAGUUCCUGCUCCUCCAAAAGCUGAAGACAAAGCAAAGGCAUUGAAGGUCAAGGAGGCAGAACAGAAAGGUGUCCACAACCACACAAAAAAGAAGAUCCACAUGUCCCCCACCUUCCAGCAGGCCAAGACACUGAAGCUCCGAAGGCAGCCCAAAUAUCCUUGGAAGAACGCUCCCAGAAGAAACAAGUUUGACCUUUAUGACAUCAUCCAGUUCCCUCUGACUGCUGAGUCAGUCAUGAAGAAGAUUGAAGAUAUUAACACACUAGUGUUCAUUGUGGAGGUCAAGGCCAGCAAGCACCAGGUCAAACAGACUGUGAAGAAGCUCUAUGACCCUGACAUAGCCAAGGUCAACCCCUUGAUCAGGCCUGAUGCAGAAAAGAAGGCACAUGUUCGACUGACUCCUGACUAG